CAACACGCGCUCCUGCCCUGAGCAUCAUGAGAAAUGAAGGCGUAGGCCUGCUCGAUACACGCUUUGAAGCUUCAGUGUCAUAUGUAACAUAUCACUAGCCAAUCGUACACAUUUGUAGAUGUUGAGGUUUUAACUUGGUAUACGUCCUAGCAUGUCGUAUGUAACUUACAACGCAAUAUAAUGUAAACAAAAACUGUAACAAAUAUACGAUCUAAUGGCGUGUUUAUUUUAUAGUUGUUGUAGAUUGGUGUAACGAAAGAGCUGAGAGUUGCUUGAGUUUCGUUUUCAGAUGGAUGCUUCUGGAUCACAACAACUGCUCGAUGACUGGGAUGACAUUAGCGACUCAGAAUUUCUCAACAUCCCUUCCGAGCAACAAAACAUCGGUAAAAUAUCGUGUAAUUUGUCUCUGUCUUUUGUGAGCCCCAAAAUAUUGUGUAAUUUUGGUCAGUUGUAUGUUAUUGUAGUCAUGCGUUUUUCCUUUCCGUUCAUUUGUUUGUAUAAUCGGUGUAUCUUUUUCUUUCCACUGAAAGAAAAACGAGAUGCAACUUGUACAUUGUUGUUAGGGUUUAUAUACACGUAAACAGUAUUUUUCUAUGUCUUUUGAGAUCCCCAGCGUCCUCUCAGUAGUGAAACUGAUGGUGAACACUCAGUGGACUUUGACAGCCCCAGUGUGUCCACUUCAUCAGUAUACAACCAUGACGAAGAGGCUUUGGGGCAAGAAACAGUAAAAACUGAUUAUGCAAGGGGUUUAAAGAGAAAGAGCCUCCAUGAAAACAGCUUCAGCCCAAUGCAACGCUUCCUCAAGCGGCAUCUGAGUGUGACCCUCCUGUGUGACCAGUCUUGGUGUGAGAUGAAGACUGUUUACAGUCUUUUGAAGCCAUAUCUCAAAAGAAAAGACCUGCAACGCACUGAGGUGCAAAUAGGAAAAGAAAUACAUUUAUCAAGAGAACUGGAGAUACAGGACACUGUUCCUAUAGAUAUCCGGACUAGAGAGGAUGCAGAAGCCAUCAAACUUCUCAACAUGUUACACAUGAUUCCACGGUUAGAAGCAGGAGAAUGUGUGCGAGAGUUCCCUGUGUUUGGUGUGCAGGAAGGUGUUUUUGUCAUGGGGGUCAUUGACGAGCUGAUGUAUAACCAGAAGGGGGAGCUGGUCCUAAAUGAACUCAAGACACGCAAACACAACUCCAUGCCUAGUUCUGCACAAGAUAAAGUCAACUGCUUUCAGGCGGGCCUGUAUAAAUUACUAUUUGAUGGACUGGUCAGAGGGGAAGUGAAGAAAGACCAUGUUUUAAAUCACCUUAAACUGCGUUCAACUCAAGUGCUUGGAGCAAGAGUCCAGGCCCAUGCUAAAAGCAUUGGGGUUCAGGUGACUACCUUUGAGGAAAUGCUUGAUGCCCUACUAAUAACUGUGUCAUGUUCUGAUCUUCCAUGCGUUGACCUGCUUCAGCUUGAAUACUAUCACCAAGGCUCUAGUGGACCCAUUGGGAACAGAGUCGCUCCUUUCGAUGAAGCCCAACUACGGGCAGAGCUUCAGGGUUAUCUGGCCUACUGGACAGGCCAGAGGGAACCCAAAGGGGUGGACAUAGAGGAGGCCUGGAAAUGUAGAUCAUGCCUGUAUGAACGGACUUGUGAAUGGAGAAAGAAUAGAUUGCAAGUAUCUGACCAACAAACAGCUCAUGCUAGCUCUUGCUCAUGAUUUACAGUUUACACAAGCAUUUGAAUGUGGCAACUAUUGAUUACUUUUGUCAUAUUUUUAGCUUUUAAGUUUUAUGCUUUUAUCAUUGCUUAUGUGUUCUAUUGAAGUCUUUCAGAUUUUAAAUGUUGAUGUGAUGUGAAUGUUAUUCUAUAAUGCAACUCUAUAAUGACUGUGAGUGAUGCGUUGUGAAUUCAUAAUGCAUGAUUUAAUUUAUAAUGCAAUUUUUUGAUUAGAAUGGCUUUAAUGGAAGCAAGAUGAAAGCUUUCUUACUUUGUGUACAUUAAGAAUUUUUUGCCCACUUAGCUAGUGGAACGGAUAUGUGCUUUUCAGUGAACAAUGCCUUCAGUCAAGGGAGGCCGACAUACACAGAUCAGGCAUCAGCCUUCGCUCCAUGCAUCAGUGAGCUUUGGCUGGCCAUGACCCUGUUGCCGGUUCACCACUGUUCCUUCCUUGGGCCACUUUUGAUAGACACUGACCACUGCAGACUAGGAACACCCCACAAGAGCUGCAGUUUUGGAGAUGCUCUGAACCAGUCGUCUAGCCAUCACAAUUUGGCCCUUAUCAAAUUCACUCAAAUCCUUACACUUGCCCAUUUUUCCUGCUUCUAACACAUCAACUUUGAGGACAAAAUGUUCUCUUGCUGCCUAAUAUAUCCCACCCACUAACAGGUGCCGUGAUGAAGAGAAAAUCAGUGUUAUUCACUUCACCUGUCAGUGCUCAUAAUGGUAUGCCUGAUGGGUGUAAAUAUAUAAUACAUUUAAAGUGAACAAAUUACAUAUAUACAGAACUUCUAAAAUAAAAACACAUUUCUAUUACUUUUUAUAACACAUGAUAAUAAUAAAAUAGAAUCCCAUAUGGGAUAUAUAUGUGUGUGUGUGUGUGUGUGUGUGUGUGUGUUCAUGUCGCUUUUGUUUGUCCUCUUUUACUUCUUUUUUUAAACAAAGAUGUACAUCAUUAACCUUAGCCAUUAUGCAUUAAAAAAUAUUAAUAGUUAAACAACUAAUAAUGCUAAUCAAUAACUAAAUAAAUUAUGAUAUAAUUA